AUGGUGAACGUACCAAAGACUCGCCGCACCUACUGCAAGGGCAAGGACUGCAAGAAGCACACCCAGCACAAGGUCACUCAGUACAAGGCUGGCAAGGCCUCCCUGUUCGCCCAGGGUAAGAGACGUUACGAUCGCAAGCAGUCCGGUUACGGUGGUCAGACGAAGCCCGUGUUCCACAAGAAGGCCAAGACCACCAAGAAGGUCGUGCUCCGGUUAGAAUGCACACAAUGCAAGACCAAGGCACAGCUGGCGCUCAAGCGUUGCAAGCACUUCGAGUUGGGUGGUGACAAGAAGACCAAGGGUGCUGCGCUCGUCUUCUAA